CCUGGACCCUCUGGAUCCUCUGGACUCUCUGGACUCCCUGGACCCUCUGACCCUCUGGACUCUCUGGACCCGCUGGACUCUGGACCUUCUGGACUCUCUGGACCCUCUGGACUCUCUGGACCCUCUGGACCCUCUGGACCUUCUGGACCCUUUGGACUCUCUGGACUCUCUGGACCUUCUGGACCCUCUGGACUCUCUGGACUCUCUGGACCUUCUGGACCCUUUGGACUCCCUGGACCCUCUGGACCUUCUGGACUCUCUGGACCUUCUGGACCCUCUGGACUCCCUGGACCCUCUGGACUCCCUGGACUCCCUGGACCCUCUGGACCCUCUGGACUCCCUGGACUCUCUGGACCCUCUGGACCUUCUGGACUCUCUGGACUCUCUGGACCCUCUGGACUCUCUGGACUCCCUGGACCCUCUGGACUCCCUGGACUCUCUGGACUCCCUGGACUCUCUGGACCCUCUGGACCUUCUGGACUCUCUGGACCCUCUGGACCCUCUGGACCUUCUGGACUCCCUGGACCCUCUGGACCUCUGGACUCUCUGGACUCUGGAUCUGGACUCUCUGGACUCCCUGGACCCUUUGGACCCUCUGGACUCCCUGGACCCUCUGGACUCCCUGGACUCUCUGGACUCUCUGGACUCUCUGGACUCUCUGGACCCUCUGGACUCCCUGGACCCUCUGGACCCUCUGGACUCUCUGGACUCUCUGGACCCUCUGGACUCCCUGGAUCCUCUGGACUCUCUGGACUCUCUGGACUCUCUGGACCCUCUGGACUCCCUGGACCCUCUGGACUCCCUGGACUCUCUGGACUCUCUGGACUCCCUGGACCCUCUGGACUCCCUGGACUCUCU